UAUCAACGUUUAUAUUGGUGAAGUGAAAGUUCUUGUACCCAUCUUGUUGUUGGGGGGCAUUCAUCCUCGCAUUAAAUCCCCCCCAAGCGGACAACAAAGCCAAGCUUCCAACCCAGGGACCAUCCAUACAUAUCAAAAAAGGCAUCCAAUAACAACACACGAGUACGAGUAGAACACUGCACUCAACCACCCACCAACCACCAAACCUUGACACCACCCUCCUCAUAAACCCCCACGGUAAAAAAAUGCCACGAGCAAUAAGAGGUAAAUUCCCAUACACCUUACAUCCAACUCCAACUCCAACUAUCCAUUCCUCCCGCCACCCCAUCCCAUUCCCUCCUGCUUUCAUAUCACUAGAUCUCUAACACAACACAACCAGGCGUCCUCAUAGAAUGCGACCCCUCCAUCAAAGCAAUAAUCAUGAAAAUCGACAGCGAGUCCCACCAUUUCGUGGUAGAGGAACUCGAUGAUCAGACGCUAGUCAUUAAGGAGAAUAUGCUGGGGGAGUUGAAGAGGAGGCUUGAUGAUGUAUGUUCCCCCACCUUGCCCCCUUUUUUCCAGUUUUCUAUCUUUAUCCCGUUUAUUCUUGCUUGUGUUUUGGGUCUUUGGGUUGGAGGCUGGGAGGGGGCGAGAAAUGAGAGGGCGGUGGGAAGAGAUGAGAUGGAAGGGUAGAGCAGGGGAUGAGAAGAGACGUGUUCGUGCUGGUGCUGAUAUCUUGAUUCCCCAGCAACUCAGAGAUACCCAACAGCCACCCGAAGACUCGGGCUCGGAUUAGGCUGCUAUACGGCUAUUCAUUCUAUCCGAUUUUUCCCCCUCCAGCAGCGAGGUUGGAGUUCAGGUUUAGAGAUGGGCGUCAUCCAGAUGGGUAUAUGUCAGAUGAAGGGCAUAGCCACUUUGCAAGAUUCUCUUUGGAAGAUAUUUCACAGCAAAAGAAGAAAAAAGGAUGGUUCUUGAUUUCGAGGGCCAAGUCAUGAUGCAAGUUCGGGAUCCCUUUUUGAGUCCGAGGGGUGAUUCAUAUGUGGUUACCUGGCUGGAAUCUUGGCCAUCGACGUCAUGCUCAAAACCCAAUGAGAAUGACAACUGAUAUUAGAAAUACAGCUAUGAGGUUGGAGCUGGGAGCUCAUAUAAACUUCGCCAAAUCAGGGUGUCUAAUUAAGGGAGGAUAAGGGCUCUGAUUUGGCAACUCGGAAUAGCUUUUGUUGAUAGGGAAUUUUAUUGUAAUGGCUCAUCCUACAAUUUGGACUUGGGGCACUUGAGGUACUUGAGAUAAUUCAAAAGGUAUGCUUAACAUACAUUAGUCUUCAAAGACAGGAAUCACAUAGAAAAAAUGAUUUCAGUACACCACGACAAAACGCAUCGCAUUUUGAGG